AUGGAUAACACACAUUCAUCGGCCAUUGGGCCCUCCUUCAUGGUUUCUGCACCAGGAAAAGUCAUUGUUCUUGGUGAAUAUGCUGCCGUGUAUGGCAAGCCAGUCAUCUCCGCCGCUAUCUCGCUUAGAUCUUACCUCAGCGUCAAGAUCCUCUCUAAAUGCGAGCGAACCGCACCUAACCGGAAGCUUCAUAACUUAUACAUUAACUCUCUAGAUAAGACCCUACUGGCCGCUAUUAAGCCGUAUGUAUACCUUGUCUCCCUAAAUCUCCCUGAAAAGGAGCGUAAGAUCUAUAGAGGUUCUGCCACUACCUUUCUCUACCUCUUCCUCUCCUUUAGCUCCCUAGAAAGCCCCGGAUUCGUGCAUACGCUUCGGUCGACUAUCCUAGCUAGCGCUGGCCUAGGUAGUAGCGCUAGUAUUAGUGUCUGCUUGAGUACAGUAGAGUACGGUACUACUCGUUUAAAUACAGGCUAUCUUAAGGCUAUAUCUAGACUAAUCUAUCGAAGAAGCCGAGUAGUAAUUAGAUCGUAUUAA